UAGUUUAAGUAGGUUCCUCAGCUAUAGGGAUGCUUUCGUGGCAAAAUCUUAUACCGUUGGAUUAGGAGUGGCGUAGUAUCCUCAGUUGAGUACACGUGCUGCUAUCCUCCCUCUCCUUAGUCUUUAUUACCACUCCCUCUUUUUUAUCUUUGCUUCCAUGCAUGGAUUUCUCCUCCAAAUAUAGUCAAGUGGAGAGAAGAGAGAGAUUGAGAGAGAAAGAGAGAAAAUCAACGCUCACUAUAAUUCUUUUUUUCUCCUCUCUUGCCUUCUUCAUCACCAUCGUUAGCAACAAAGGUAACACAACACACCCACAACUCUUCUCCACCUAUUCGAGUUUUGAUUUUUUUUUCUUCCAAACUCAACUACCCAAUAAGCAACUGGUAGCACUGCAGUCAGUGCAAAAAGGUAGCGUGAUGCAGCUUUUUCGCAGUUCCACCUCAAUAAUCUGAUCUGGGUCUCGCUAGUUUUACUUUUCUUCUUUCUCUGAUUCGCCUAACGAGAUCGAUGAAUUCAGCAUUCUUGGAAACUCUCUGAUUCACCCUCCAAAGAACAACUCAACAACCCUUUUGUUUUGCUUCUGUUUCUUCUUCUCUGAUCCUUAUCGAAAUUCAAUGGAAGGAGAUCACCAUCGAAUUCAAGAAUUGAAACACGCGUGCAAGUUCUGCGGCAAGUGCUUCCCCUGUGGCAGAUCCUUGGGGGGUCACAUGAGGUCUCACAUCACCAACUUGUCGUCUGAGAUGAUGAAUGAAAAAAAAGAAAAGCUUUCAUCUUCUCUCAACAAUGGUGGAGACAAAGAUUCUGAAGCUGCUGCUGCAACUAACGCUGCUGCAAGCUAUGGUCUCAGAGAGAACCCAAAGAAGACUUGGAGAAUCUCAGAUUAUUCAAGUGAAGACCCUUUGGUGUUUGACAAGUUCUGCAAAGAGUGUGGCAAAGGGUUUCACUCUUGGAAGGCCUUGUUUGGCCACAUGAAAUGCCAUUCAGAGAAAGAGAGAGUUUCCAACAGCUUGGAAGAUCAAGAUUCUUGGACUAAUAGUGCUAAGAUGGUUAUGGAUAGCCAAUCUGAUAAUGAAGCAACUGCUCCAAAUAAGAGAAGAAGGUCCAAGAGAAGAACAAGGUACACGGUGGUUGCUUCUUCUGCAGCAGCAGCAACAACUUCUUCUGUUGUGUCUUUUGCGAAUCCUUCAUCUUCUUCUCUCUCUGAGGUUGAGCAAGAGCAAGAAGAGGUUGCUAUGAGCUUGAUGAUGCUUAGUAGGGAUGUGAGUCCUUGGAGUGGUCGUCAUUCUGUGGCUGAGUCCUCUGACAAUAACUCUGCUUAUUUCGAAGCUCGAUCUUCGGUUCGAACUAAUUUGGUCACCAAAUUUGAUUGCAGCAACAAGAACUUCCCUCCUAAAACAGCAAAAGUGACCAAGCAAAGUGACAACAAGUGGGAGGUUGGCAAUUCGGAAAAUCCCAACUCAAUCAGGGGGACGAGUUCACAACUUUUGACUACUAUUGCUGCUAGUGAUAAUAUUACUACUGAGAUUCCUGAAAAUGGAUUUAGAGUGAACAAAAGUAGAGUUUCCAAUAAAGGGUAUGAAAGAGCCAAGUCUGAGCUUGAGUAUGUGUCUGCAUUGGAGGAUUCUGAAGGUGAACAUGGGAGGAGCAGAGUCAAUGGAACAGAAUCAGUUUUAUCAAAGUCGGUUACUACUACUGGCAAUAAGUACAGUUCAAUCAAGACAAAGUUUUCUGGUUCUGAAAUGAAGUCAAAUAAGAACUUGGUGGACAAGGCUUCAGAAGCUGAAUCUAGCAAGAACUCUAACAAGAGAGGCAAGUUUGAGUGUACCACUUGCAACAAAAUCUUCCACUCAUACCAAGCACUUGGAGGCCAUAGAGCUAGCCACAAGAAGAUCAAAGGAUGCUUUGCUUCAACGAAUGAGAGCAGUGAGAACAGCAUUGAAACUGAUCCCUCUCCUGACCCAAUAGCAACUGAAAACAAGCUCAUGAAGAACAGUGAUAGUGAGUAUCUGGUGGAACAUCAACAUGGUGCUAGUCUACAUAAUGAGGGGGAAACAGUUAAUGAGUCCAAGAAGAGCAAGGGACACCAUGAGUGCCCAAUUUGCUUCAAGGUUUUUCCUUCUGGCCAAGCCUUGGGUGGCCAUAAGAGAUCUCAUAUGGUUGGUGGGUCUGAGAGUAGAAACUUUCAAACAAUUGUGCCUCAGGAACCAGUGGCAGAAAUUAGGGACUUCCUUGAUCUUAAUCUUCCUGCUUCUACUGAGGAAGAAAGCUAUAGCCAUGCUGACUCUAACAGUAACAGACCCUGGUGGAUAGUAGAAGACAACCACAAACAGGAGGCACUGGUAGGCCUUAUCUCAUAGCCAAAGGUGACAUGGUUUAUUAUUCCAUUCCAUCAGUGUUGCAACUUCAGAGUGAAGAUUGAAACUGUAUAGAAAUGUUUCUGCAUUCAUUCCAUUCAUUCUUUACAGGAUAUGUGUCUUCUUCUUCUUCUUCAGAGUAUUUCUGUUUUUGUUCAGACUUUUCAACUAGUUCAUAAUAUACUGUUCAGUGUUCUCUUCCUUUUUUUGUUUUUUUUCUUAAUUUUCUUUUUCUGGAUGCGAUAUGUUAUUACUUAUUACUUUGUUCAUAGAAUUGUUUUCAUUUCUGCAAAGUUAAGCUCACUAUUUUGGUUCUCUUA